ACAGCCAAGUUGAGCUCGGCCGUAGGAGAUCUGCUCACUGCACGCCAGCGCACAGCGCUUUUUCCCUGCGCUUCAGCGGAGUGAAUAAGUGUAAAAGUGAGCUUCGGUAACAGCGUUGACAGGACUCUAUGUUUUGUAAAAUCAAAUGUACAACUUUGCCAGCCCUUUAUCUCUUGGACUCUAGCGCUUACAGCAAGCAAGCGACGGACAACAACUGACAGGGAAUCAGCUUCACAUCGGAAAAGUCGAUACUUACAAUUCGAGAAUGAUUUUUGCGAAUUCUGGCAACCCGCUGAGAACUACGUAUCGUAAACAGCCCCCUGUUGGCCCCUCGUCCCAGCCCAUGGCCCCACCCAGCCCCGGAACCAACAGCAGCACCAAUCAGAGCAGCAGUAGCAGCAGUACGGCAGGCUGGGAGCAGCUCAGUAAAACCAACCUGUAUAUCCGGGGGUUGCCCCCAGCAACCACCGACCAUGACCUGGUCAAGCUCUGCCAGCCUUAUGGCAAAAUUGUAUCAACGAAGGCUAUCCUGGAUAAGACUACGAACAAGUGCAAAGGUUAUGGCUUUGUGGACUUUGACAGCCCUGCUGCUGCACAGAAAGCCGUCAACGCUCUAAAAACCAGCGGCGUGCAGGCACAGAUGGCAAAGCAACAGGAGCAGGACCCCACUAACCUGUACAUAUCAAAUCUGCCACUCUCAAUGGAUGAGCAGGAGCUUGAGGCUAUGCUGAAGCCCUUCGGUCAAGUGGUCUCUACGCGCAUUCUCCGGGACGCUAACGGGUCUAGCCGGGGAGUUGGAUUUGCCAGAAUGGAGUCCACAGAAAAAUGUGAUGCUGUUAUUUCUCACUUCAAUGGAAAGUUUCUCAAGACACCAGCUGGAGUAAUGGCCCCUAGUGAGCCACUGCUGUGUAAGUUUGCUGAUGGAGGGCAGAAAAAGCGACAGAGCCAAAAUAAAUACAUGGCGAAUGGACGAGCGUGGGCCAGAGAUGGAGAGGCUAGACUUGCUGGAAUGACACUCACAUAUGACCCCACUGCUGCAGCUAUGCAGAAUGGAUUCUAUCCCACCCCUUACAGCAUUACUAACCGAAUGAUCGCCCAGACAGCCAUGUCACCAUACAUCUCCCCAGUGUCCACAUAUCCGGUGCAGAAUCCAUCUUGGGUCACUCACCAGCCCUACAUUAUGCAACAUCCGGGAGCUGUAAUAUCGCCCUCUAUGGAUCCCUCCAUGUCACUGCAGCCAACGUCCAUGAUGAGCCCCCUCACGCAGCAGAUGAGUCACCUUUCUCUGGGCAGCACAGGAGCGUUCAUGCCAGCUAACGCAGUGAUGCAGGGCGCAUACAUCCCUCAGUACACUCCUAUGCAGCCUGCUGCAGUGGAGGAAAACAGCCCUCAGCCCCAGGUGGAGUCAGCUGGUGACCAUUCUCCGUACACCUACCAACAAACCAAGUGAUGAAGAGGACCCUCAGCGCUCAGGAGACCGUGAGGGGAUUCUGCUUCUACAAUCAUGCUUCCUCUAACGGAUUAAGCUCGACCAUUCGAUCGACGUUUGCACAGGUUCUACGAUGAGUUUCCUCUGUUUUUAAAACAACUAUCCAGACUAUUUUUGGUAUAAGUUCUAUGAGGUGCAAAUAAAAUAUUAAUUUCAUCCAAGGAUGCUAGCUAUCGAAGAAGAAAAUGACAAAAGGAAAAAACUAAGUUUUAUUUUAAUAAAAAGAACGUUUAUUUUUACCAAGGAAUCGUCACAUGGUUGCAAGAACUCAAAGGAUCAUGUGAUUUGACGUGAAUGGUAGCAGAGGUGUCCAUUGUUAAUAUUUUUUAUGAUUUCAGA